AUGGAGGGAAGGGUUUUCCAGGAGUACGAUGGUGUGUUCGAAACAGACUACGUGAUCGUAUCCCUACUCUUCAUGGUAUCAACCGUGAUCUUCGCUGGCGUGUCUCUGGUCUUCGAAGUCAUCAAUGCCAGGAUGGUUCCAAUAAAAACCAUAAAUGGACGACCAGGACUCUUCAUAUGGAAUGGUUUUGGAUUACUCUCUGGCCUAAUUUCGACUAGCAUCUUCGCUUUCCUCUACGCCAGCGAGCUGAAAUACGAAUGCCUAAGCAAAGCAGACCGUGAAGACAGGUUCUCCACCCAUCGUGUCAUCCUGGGCUACUCAUUUUGGUUUCUAGUCGUCUGCGAUGUCCUCUUCCUCGUCAACCUCCUCCUCGUCUACAUCACCCAGCUCAUCGACGAGCCCCCAAAGUUUAUCAAACGACGUCGAACAGCCGAUAUCACUCUCGAACCACAGAAUAUGGAGUUUAAAGAAAUGAUAGUAGUAGUGUCUUAGACAGAUCAUUCUGCCUCCUCCCGGGGGAGUCAGUGUUUCAUAAAGGAACUUAUCCGAUGUUAUCAUUUGACAGAGUAUGUUUUUGUUUUUAGGAAACAGUUACCAUAGGAACUGGGCUUCUCAGCCAAUCAAAUUCGAGGAAAGUGGUCAGAUCUAAAAGCUUGUCAGACCACAAAUGUUUGAUGAAACACUCCCCUGAUCGAUCAAAUCGUCCAGUAUCAAACUUUUGACAUUAAGCCCCUUUCGCUUAGUAUACUAUUCAGAAAUUGCCCACGGUGUCUGUUCCAAUUCUUAACAUUUUGGAGAAUCUUACAGUGUUUUUUUUAACCACAAUUUGAGUGUAACACAGUCAACAGGCCGACACAGUUACAACGGUUUCAAUGACUGUUAUAGCAAGCACCAUUGUUUCUCAUAAUCAUAGGGCACUAUUACCUCAAAAACUGUUUUUUUUUUAAAUCAUUAUUAUACUCGGAAAAUUUGUGCUGAAUAUCGUAAAGUUUAUAAAAAAAAAAAAACUUUUACUUUCUCGUUAUGGCGAUUCUCUAUAUUCUUCCAGAGUCGCUCACCGAUAACUUAACUCCAACUAACAUCAUACAAACAAGGCUCUAACACCGGACCUUACACAGGGGUACCAUGUGCCUAAUUAAAGGUCUGAAAAUGAAAUGGGAAGUUAGCAGGGCCUGAAAUGAAGCAAAAACCGCGAAGACGGCACCCCAACUAUAACAUCCAGAGACUGUCCUGAAUAAACUUGUCAAAGUUUGGGUGUUGUCAUGUUUAUUGGAUUAAUUGGUGGAUCAAAGGAUCAUGCACGUCACUUCUACCGCUCCCGUGGCAGAACAACCUGAAAAGUGUUCAUGAUGCCACCUGUAUUCUGAUGUUAGUAGAUUUCAUAGUUCAAUUUUCAUAAGUUGAAUGCUCCUAGUAGAAUGUAAGAUGUUAAAUUCAGAUAAUGUAUUGCAUAAAUAUUGUACAUUUCCAAAACCACUAAAAAAAUUAAGAAAUUGCGAUUCAUGUCUUUUUUAUGAGGUUUAUUACCAUUCACACAACAAUAAUAAAAAUAUUUCUAUUAUGAUAUGAGUUGUACAAGCCUAUGACUGGAAUAUAAUGCUGUACUUGUCAUACGAUAUAAGUCACUUGCUCUAUACAAUAUUCAUCUCAAAUUUAUUGGCACAUCUUAAAUAAUACAUAUAUACACUCAAGAACAUUACAUGAAUACAACUUUAUAUCAAAAACCCCCUUUAAAUUCCUGAGGUAUAUUUUCCACUUCUUGUAGACAUUUUCUUGGUGCUCGAAUAUAUUCAUUCAUCCAAAGGUAUGGUUUCAAACUUUGUACUUUCACUAGUCUAGUUGCAAUGUCAGGCAACUGGUUGCCAACCUCCAUGUUUGCAUACAGAUCUUUCUGCAAUAUUCAUUUAAAUAACAUGAAAAUCUUUCAAAUAAAGGUUAACUUUACAUAAGUCAAUCGUCCAUAAGUAAAAUAUUUGCCACAGUCGAAGCAAGCUUUUUCAGUCAAGAUGAUUCAAAACAUCUCUUACAUACAUCUUGUAGGUUGAAUUUCUCCUAAGUUAAACAGAUUUCUGUGGUCCAAACAGAUUUGACCUACGCAAAGUUACCUGUACUUAGACACUGGACUGUUCAUCUAGAAUAUAUCUACAUAAAGGUAGCAACAUCUCAUGAUUUGUCAUUCUGUGUCCAUAAUUCAAUAAAUACCUGAAUAUCUUCAAUGGCAAAAAUUUAAAUGCUACUUUUGGUCCACCAAAUGAGACCAUCCAUCGCACUCCUCUUUCUUAUAAAGUUAUCUGAUGCCAAUAUAGAACUAUUGAUACAUGUAAGUAGAAUUUGGCUAUCCCAGUUCAAUUUCGAUACCAGCACAAGAUGGUGUAUAUCGCUAUGUCGGGUCAGCACAUAACAAAAGUAUACACACCAAGCAAUUAAGUUUGCCCAAUUACUUAACGAUAUUAAUAUUCUAUUCUUGUAUAGCACAUAUUGUGUCAAUCAUCUAACAUCUCUAAGCAAAUCUGACUUUGUGUAUUAUCCCGGCUUUAGAUGAUUUUGUGCCAAUAGCGUGCAACAAAUUGAAUCAGGUUUUUAUUUGAAGUAGCUUUCAGAUUUACUGCAUUGAUACAUUGAAGCAUGAAGCUACUAACGUAGUAGCUUGGACUAGCUCCAUGAUUAAAGAUUAAUGACAAAUUGACUAGGCAAGAUGAGUGAGGACAACAAUUUCAUACUUGAAAUAUGCCUAUCUUGAAACAGGAAAGUCUUUCAAGCUCUCUAUCCAUGUGACAAGUUGCAAAAAAGAGCAGAAGAGAUAUUUUUUCUAGUCUGGAAAAAUGACAAUUGCCAGACAUAACAACAAGUAAAGCACAUGUCUGUAGUCAAGACUAAAAAAUCAUUGUAAUUCGAGUUAUUUCCGGUUACAUUAUAUAAUUAGAUCCAAAAAUUCACAUUAUUUUGAUAGCAGAAAACUGAUAUAAUUCAAAACAGAGUCAGUGUUUUCUAUUUGACAGUAUAGAUUGAAAUUAGUAAUAGAAUUCAUUUUUUUUCUUUAUGGAUAACAUACAUUUACAAAGAGGAUACACUUUCCUGGUAUUAUCUCAAUCAUACUAGAAGAAUUCUAUGAACAUGGCAGUGGUAUAUUAAAAAACACACACACAACAGACUUGUGUGCCACUAAAGGCCAUCUCUUUCUGUCUUCUAAAAUCAUUGGGCAAAUUAACAUUUUGGGUAAUAAAAUAUUUCAUUUCAUUGAUCUAAUAAACUGACCCCUCCACAUUGAAACAGCAAUUGAUUUAGGGAGGAUUUCAUCCAUUGUAACAUUUGCUUUAUACCUUAAAACAGGCCCUCCCCAUUCAUUCCAAAUUUUCACUACUGAUACAGUACCUUAUGUUCUGUUAUUCUUUUGAUAAAAUGAUUGGCUUCUGACUACUUUACUAUUUUCUAAACCUUACUAAGAAUAGAAUUCCCCCCGAACUCAGAAAUUUGAAUAAGUGCUUAUUUUAUAUCUAUUUGAAAGGUAAAGGGAGAUAAAUUUGUCUUUGUUUAAAAUACAUGAAAUAAUUCAAUUUCAAAGUCGUUCUUGGGGUCCGUAGACUUAAUCCAAAUAUGGGAGUUUUCAAUAAAAUAAAAACAGAAGUUCAAUUAUAAAGCAUACC